CACAGGAAAUACUAAAUCAAGUAGUUUUACCACUUCACUUGAAACAAUGAAACUUUAGAAAUAGUGUAUAUUAUAAUGCAAAUUAAACUAUUUUAUCUCAAAAGUAACGAUUUGUGAGACAAGCGAAGAAGGAGAACAUGGCAGUAGACGGUCGUAAAAUGAGACAAUCUUUGUGUCAAGGUUCUGACAUAGAACAUGAUUUUCCGUGUGUACCGUGCACUAAAAAAGGGAAGAAUGUAGCUGCUAUCAAACACUGUGUGGAAUGUGGUGAAAACCUUUGUCAAAAAUGUGUUGGUGAUCACAAUAAGUUUUCAGCUAUGAGAGGUCAUCAGUUACUAGACACGGUGAAACAUCCGAGCGGGAAAAAGCAAGAAUUACCAAGUCAAAAAUGUGAAAAACAUGGAGGAAAAUUGAUAGAUGUCUACUGCCCUUGCCAUGAUAAGGUUGGCUGCUCAACUUGUAUGACUGUUGGACACAGUGGCUGUAAAGACAUUACCUUCAUACCUGACCUAGCAUGUAAAACUGGCACCACUCAGGCAAUAAAGAUCCUCGAAACCGAAAUAAACACACUAGAAUCCCGCUUCAUGACGUUAAAACAAAACAAAGCAAGGGAACUGGAAAGUGCAAGGAAAGAAAAAUUGCAAUUGAUUCAAGAAAUAAAAUCAGAAAGGAAAAAUAUCAACGACCGUUUGGACAAGAUGGAAAUGGAACUUCUUCAAGAAGUCGAUGCGACUUUUCAGAUCAAAUUGCAACAUCUAGAGUCAAGCAUGAAGAAAGUUGAUGCGCGGAUUGCUAUACUAGAAGAAAGUCUUCAGAAGAUAACUACUGCUAAACAUGAAAACGAAUCAGAAAAAUAUGUACAGAUACAACUUGUCAAAGAGAAAUAUCAAAAUACUAUCGAUUGUUUAAAAGAAUUCAAAAGGGCAAACGAGACAGGCAAAUUAAGGUUUGAUCCAUAUCGACGUGGGACUGAUUCGAAAUGCAACACUAUUGGAAACAUACUUCAUCUGCCAGCCAUUGAAGUAGGAAAAUGUACUGAAUUUAAUGUACGGAUAGCAGAUGACAAGAAGAAGAGCGAUAUAAUUGAAAUGUGUAUGUGUGAAGACGGUUGUAUUGUUAUGACUGAUUACAACAACAAGAGGAUUAAGAAAAUGAAUGAAUCAUUCCAGGUCGUAUAUUCACUCAAUGUCGCUGACAACCCUUAUGGGAUUUGCCAAGUGGGAACGUCAUUGCUUGCCGUUACACUGAUUAAUGAUAGAAAAGUUCAGUUUAUCUCUCAAAAGGAUACAAUGGAGUUGCAACAGUCGUUCAAAGUCGGUGAUAGAUGUCGGGGUAUUGCUUACAAUGACGGGAUGAUCUAUGUUUGUUGUGGCGGAUCAGAAAAACGUAAAGAAGGUGUUGGUCAUAUUGAGGUAUAUUCACUUACUGGAAAAAUGGUAACAUCAUACUAUGGUGAGAUAAAAUGUCCUGUAGGUGUAGCAUUCCCGAUUUCGACAGUGGAUAUUUUUGUGAGUGACGCGUAUAAAGGUAUCUUUCUCAUAGACAAAACGCGAGGCAUGACAAACAUUAAUGUAGAUAACAACGUAUUCUCUCAUGCUGAAGGUAUCUGUAAGAUAAACAAGAGUCAGUUCUGUGUUGCUUUUAAUUUAUCACACAAUGUUCUUUUGAUGUCACAUGACGGGAAGGAUCGAGUAGAACUAUUGACAGGAAAAAAUGGUAUAAAAAAUCCUAUAGGUCUGUGUUUCGAUUACAAAAGGUCUAGGCUUCUUGUCUCCAGCGAUACAAGUGACAAAAUAAUGGUUUAUACUUUAAAAGUAACUUAUUAAUUUGUCUAUAAGGAAAACAAACGGUGUGAUGUUAGAGUGUUUUCGAGUUGAAAUUUGAUCAAAUUACCGUUUGUGAAAUAUGGAAGGUAUGUGUCACUGAAAAUAUUUUGUCUGGUGAAAAAAAAAUGUUUUAACACUCUGCUGCAAAAAUAUAGUUGAUGAUAAGAUAAAUAUUAAUUUCAAUUAUCUGAUCGGUGUUUGCUGUCGUUUUGUAUG